AUGGCGUCGUUGAAGAGGAAAAGAGAGCUAGCUUCCAGGAACCCGCUUGGAACCUCAAGUGCACAGCGAAGGUUUGCAGCAGACGCAGUCAAUCCUACACGACCGCACCUACUCGAUUACGAGGCAUCGACGAACAAUACAACCAGGGAGCAUGAACAAGGCGGCGGGAGGACUGGAAUGCACAACCACGUUGAAGAGGACAACGAUCUUAUUGAUGACAUGGCUGAAGUCGUCAUGGCUGUCGACAUGAGGGAGAAAGGCACGGUUGGGUGUUGUUUCUAUAUUGCUCGAGAAGAAAGACUCAGUAUCUUGAGUGACACCCAAUAUGGCGGGAAAGACCUGAUUGACACGUUGAAGCUCGAAAUCUGUCCAACAACUAUAUUGACCUCAACACGAGCUGAGGAAGCAACAAUGGGUGACAUACAGUGGUCUGGUGACCCAUUUCAUCUCCCAUAUCGCAUAGAUGUUCGUCCCAUUCAAGAGUACGGUGUGAAUAGUGCCAAAGCAAAGUUGGCGGAGUUAGAGAUCUUCCAGCUGGAAUCAGAACAGGCACAGUUCUUAGUACCUGGAGAUGGGUUGACCCAGCAGGCCGAGGAGGUGAUAGCAGAAAACGCAGGAUUCUCCUUUGAAAAAGGGAAGAUUCUUCGGCUUGGAGGGAUAGUAGAUAUUGAGAAUCUAGUCUCCCUAGGAUGUGCAGGCGCGGUUUUGACAUAUAUACAACGGCGAAGAACAACAAACUAUAGCGACCAAGAUAAUAACGGUACUGCUUGUGUGGUCAGAUCAGUUGAGACAUUCUUUCUCAAAGGAACAAUGAUAGUGGAUACCUUUCUGCUACCUGCUAACGCAGAUGCCCAGCAGAAAAUGAGCCUCGCGCUUAGAAGAAUCAAGAAUAUGCGUUCCGUGAUGACCAAUCUCCAUAAGGGCCUUAGCAGUGGCAAAGGCGCAUUCGGUGGCUUCAAAGGCACCAUCUGGGGGACUUUGUUAAACUUCGCAACCCAUGCAUUAGACCUUCAAGAAGCGGUCUGUGAAAUGAAUUGGCAGGAUAUGAUCGCAUUUCGUGACAGAGUAUUCAACAUUCUAAAUGUUUCGAGUCUUCGCAGUGUUGGAAGGAUUAUCUAUCAGACGGUUGAUAUUGAGGAUUCCCAGGAGCAGCAGAGAACGAUCAUCAAACAAGGAGUCGACCGUGAGCUAGACCUCCUUAAAGAUCGUUACAAUGGGUUAGAUGGCUUGUUGAAGCAGGUUGCCGUCGAUGUUGCUUCCACGAUCCCUGAAGAACUUCAAAUUGAGGUUAAUGUGAUUUAUUUCCCGCAACUUGGCUUCAACAUUGCUAUACCAUAUGACCAGAGAGGACAGGCUGCGUAUACAGGACGCAAUGAAUCCUGGGAACAGGUUUUCACAACAGAGAAUCGAGCAUAUUUCAAAGACGAAAGGAUGCGAGAAAUGGACGAGAAAUUAGGUGAUAUAUACGGGCUUAUCUGCGAAAGAGAAAUAGAAAUAGCCCAUGAGAUUGCCCAAAACAUUCUGAGAUACAAGGAUAUGCUCUCAACAUCCUCAGAUCUUUGUGGAGAGAUUGAUUGUUACCUUGCAAUGGCUAAAACAGCGGAUAUCUACAAGUUUGUGCGACCUAGAAUGUCCACAGAGAAUGUGAUUCGUAUCAAAGGUGGACGACAUCCCCUCCAGGAGUUGACAGUAGCUUCUUACAUCCCAAACGAUGUCAAUAUUCGAGGUGGCUGUGGACCACAGCUGCCACAUAUCGAAAAUGGCGAUGCUGAGUACCCUUUCCUAGAUGCUCCAAGCAUGUUGUUAUUGACGGGACCCAACUUCUCGGGAAAGAGUGUAUACAUGAAGCAGAUUGCCUUGAUAGUGUACCUGGCUCAUAUCGGAAGUUUCGUGCCUGCUCAAAGCGCCGAGAUAGGCAUCACCGACAAAAUAUUAACCCGUAUUAACACGCCGGAAACUGUUUCCAAGAUUCAAAGCACUUUCAUGCUAGACUUACAGCAAGUAUCACUACUGCUAAGAUUCGGCACGCCAAGAAGCCUAAUUAUCAUCGACGAAUUUGGAAAGGGUACUGACAUGAAUGAUGGAGCUGGUUUGGCCUGUGGGAUCUUCGAGUAUCUACUAAGUCUCGGUAAUAACAAGCCCAAAGUACUCGUCGCUACUCAUUUCCACGAGAUCUUUGAAAAUGGAUUCCUACCGGAGAGAGAAUCCCUGGCUUUUGGACACAUGGAAGUCAGGAUUGAUGAAGAAUCUGCAGACAACAAAGAGCAGGUCACUUAUCUCUACAAUUUCAAACCAGGACGAAGCAACCAAAGUUUUGGUACUCUGUACGAGUCUUCUGCGGUGCAUUGUGCUGCCAUGAACGGAGUCGACGGAUCAAUUGUUGAAAGGGCGAACGAAUUAGUGUCGCUAUUAGCCCGAGGACAAGACCUUGUCGCAGCUUGUGCCAGAAUGUCAAAAGCAGACGAGGCGAUACUAGAGGAAGCAGUAUCUAGGCAUUAUGUGCGAGAUUAUAUACUCCAGCUCAACCCCGAAACUGAUGGGCACCAUAUGUUCAUUCAGAGGCAAGUGUUUGCCUGA